AUGGCCGGUGCACUCAGUGGCGUUGGCUACGGCGGAGGCCUCGGUUACGGUGGUGGUCUCGGCUAUGGUGGCCUCGGCUACGGUGGCCUCGGCUACGGUGGCGGCCUAGGUGUCGGAGGAGUAGGCGUUGGCAGCAGUGUAGCAUUGCUCAGCGGCGGACCUGGCUUCUCGAAGGCUGUGGCCGGACCUGCCUUCCUCGUGCGCACCGUGCACCACGUGAACAAGGUCCACGGCGGAGGCGCCAUCGUCGCACACUCUGGCCUUGGAGGAGUCGGUGGAGGACUCGGCUACGGUGGAGGCCUGGGAUAUGGCGGAGGUCUCGGCUACGGAGGAGGCCUGGGUUACGGAGUUGGCCUGGGCUAUGGAGGUGGCCUCGGUUAUGGCAGUGGGCUGAAAUAUGCCCUGAAGGGAUAG